ACAUGCUUUUGCUGAUAAGUCUACUUUUACCAGAGUGGACACGGUGAGAGUUUAUGGCCAGCACGGUAGCAGACUUCCUUUUCUCACGGCCAUUUGACCCGUCGAGAUGCACUCAGGUCUUGCAGGACACAGCCGAUACGCUCGCCAAACACGUUCGAUUUUUAGCCACAGCUAGUCUUGUAACGGUUCGGUUGAAAACCUUUGGCUGCCAGAGAGAGAUUGUAGCGGAGGCUAAGCGAACCGUUCGACAGCUUGCACACGGACGCGAUCGUAAGCGGCAAGCUGCUCUUCCGCUAUCAUCGACUUUAGCACUUGUACAACCGGAUGUCGAGGGGACGGUGAUCAUACAAGCGUUUCGGCCGGGUCGCCGAAACCUCGCGCGUGCAACACAUUUCGUUCAACAUGUUGGCUUGCUCUUGAGUGGAUAUAUAUCUAUUGGAAAGCUGUCACGGCAACUGGCCGGCUUACGGGAAGACAUAAUCGGAGACGGGUCCGCCGUGGAGACCAAAGAAGCGCCGGUUGACGCGGUGGUUCGCCCUUUGAUAUCGAAUGAGUCCUGUACGCAUGAUCAAUCAACAGUGCCCGGUGAUAUGAAUCCGAGUCCUGAGAGGAUAGAUCGGGCGAACCCUUACUUCGCCUCGGCACUUCCACCCGAACUUAAUAGAACUGCGAUGACGUGUGACUUGGACGGAAUCAUAUAUAUGAGUAAAGAAACAGAAGAACUAUGUGGCAUAUCUGAAACGACAAUGGUACCGUCCUCACUAGAACAGCUAGUGCAGAGCUUCGCAGCCGUUGGUGCCCAACCUUGCCCGACUCUUGCCGGAUUUCCCCUCGCCCGAGCAUUACAUGGUGAAACCGUUAGAGAUUAUAAGAUGACAAUUGCUGGAAAGCAUCUUUGGCUAGUUGCGGCCCCUAACGUCGAUUCAAGCGGAGAUACAAUUGGAGCAACAAUGAUAGUUCAUAAUGUGACGGAAAUCAUUCUACUCGAAGAAGGGCGCCAAAAAUUCCGUUAUAUGCAAGAAAAUAAUGCGGAUUUCCUUCAGCUUGCCGAGGCUUUGCCGCAACUCAUAUAUGUAUCUGACGCUGAAGGUCGCUGUCUAUUUGCCAACGGUGCUUGGUCGACCAACACUGGCGUUUCGCUAGAAGAAGUGAUGGAGAAGGGGGGUUGGAGUCAUAUCGCGCAUCCAGCAGAUAUGAAGUGGUCUUGGAACGCGUGGAAUGAAAGCUUGAAGACUCGCACACGUUUUGAAGCGGAGGUGAGGCUGAAAAGCAAAGAAGGGCAAUGGCGCUGGCACCUGAGCCGGAGUAUUCCGGUGAUCAACCAUCACACUGGGCAGGUAGAGAAAUGGUUCGGAACACUUACAGACAUCCAUGCGCAGAAAGAGAGCCUCCGUAUUGCAAAAGAAGUUCACGAGCAGCUUCAAAGAUACAUAUCGAAUUCCAUGGUUAUCGUGUGGGCAGUGGAUGCACAGGGGUAUUUCACCUUCUCUGAUGGUCAGGGCCUACAAGCACUUGGGCUUCGCCCGGGAGAAAUCGUUGGACAGUCAGUGUGGGAAGUUUACAAAGACUAUCCAAAAGUAUUGGAACUCAUAGAAAGGGUCAUUUACCAUGGUGAAAAGAUAUGCGAAGAAACGACAGUCAUGGACCUUUUUUUCUACAAUAGCUGGGCACCCCUUCGGGAUGACAAAGGCACAAUUGCUGGAUGUGUUGGGGUUAGUACAGACAUUACAUCGACAAAGUUGGCUCAGCAAGCCUUGGCUGCAAGCGAAAGGCGUGCCAAGCGUCUCAUACAGUCGAGCCCCAUUGGGGUCAUGACAUUCAGUACGAGUGGGGAAUGCCUUGACGUUAACGAAGCAUACUUGGAGAUGUUGGGCUUACAGCCCAGGGACGUGUCCGAUGCUGGACUUCCGACCAAAGAAGAGCAACCAAAUGUACUGCGCUUGAGUGUGGAUGACAAGAUUCUGGCCGAAGCCCUUGCAAUGAAAGCGCAGACGAAACGAACCUUCGAACACCAAUUGAAACGACCCGAUGGCGUUAUAAUACCAACGCUGAUCGGUCUUUCGCCACUUGAUGAAUGUAAUGAUCAAUUUGUGGCAUUUGCGGUUGACCUUACAGAACAAAUACGACUCCGUCGACAAGCGGAAGAAGCGGAACAACGAUUACGAGAUGUCAUCAGCAACCUUCCAGGAGUGUUCAUAUGGUGCAUCUCCUCAUCAGGAAUUAUCACAGUGUGCGACGGGAAGGGACUGCAGGUAUUGCGGACGUCAGCUCCAGAGGUUCUGCAUAAGCAUUACCACACCCUCUUUGGGAGUGUUCCGACUUUAGAUGAUUGCGUGAGACGUGCCUUCGCUGGUGAAAGUCUUACUCAUAUCAUUGAAGUCGGGCGGCAUUCGUUCGAGACCCAUUUUAGCCAUAUAUCUUCACCAGGGGAAGAAACUAGAGUCAUUGGAAUCUGCACAGAUAUCACAGAGCGGCUGACCGCAGAGAAAACUUUGGAGAAAAGUUUGACGGAGCGCAAUGCUUUGGUUGCAAGGGAGAAUGCGGCACAGGAGGCUUCAAAGCUGAAGUCACAAUUCUUAGCGACGAUGAGCCAUGAGCUCAGGACUCCUAUAUCUGGGGUGAUCGGCAUGACUGACCUACUUCUCGAAUCCGAUCUAAACAUCACGCAGCAAGAGUACGCUUCAAAUAUUCGCCUAUCGGCGGAAUGUCUUCUAACUGUCAUCAACGAUAUUUUGGAUUUUUCAAAAGUGGAGGCUGGAAAACUCGAGAUGGACCCAGUUUCAUUCAAUGUCGCGAAUCUGGUUACGGAUGUCAUAAAGAUUCUGUCCCUGUCAGCUAUGAAAAAGGAUAUUCAGCUGGAUACCAUUAUUCAGCUACAAGCAUUCGGAAAUGUUGUAGGUGACGCCUCAAGGAUUCGGCAAGUGUUGAUCAAUUUGAUGAGCAAUGCGAUCAAAUUCACGCCUGUCAAAGGACGAAUAUCUGUGCGGCUGUCAGAAGUAGACAGCAGUAGUGAACACGUACAGCAAUAUCGCUUUGAUGUUGAGGACACGGGAAUUGGGAUGUCGCCUGAUGUACUGGAGAGACUAUUUCAGCCGUUCUCUCAAGCAGAGUCGUCAACAGCGCGGAGGUUUGGUGGAACAGGCUUGGGCCUGUCGAUAUCAAAAGGCUUAGUUCAGCUCAUGGGUGGCACGAUCUCAGUCUCGAGUACAGAGGGAGAAGGGUCCACGUUCUCCUUUGUUCUUCCACUCCCCACAGCCACGGUUCAGAGUGAACAUCUACUACCAGUGAGCCAAGUACCAUUCAAUCCGCAACGAAGUUUUACCGAUAAGCAAGUUCUUGUCGCAGAAGAUAAUCCAAUCAAUCAAGUGAUAGCAUCGAAGCUACUCCAAAAACUGAAUAUCAAGUUCACCAUGGUUGAGGAUGGCCAUGCGGUCUUGAGGGCUCUCCGAGGUUCAGAAAAGUUCGACUUGAUUUUAAUGGAUUGUCAAAUGCCUGGAAUGGAUGGUUUUGAAGCAACGCGUUGCAUACGAGCAUCCGAAAACUUUGAAAUAUCCCGCAUUCCUAUAGUAGCAAUGAGCGCCAAUGUGCUAGAAUCGGAUAAGGCCAGAUGCCUGGAAUGCGGUAUGUCCGAUCAUUUGGGCAAACCUGUGAAAGCUCGAGAUCUCGAUCGGAUGUUGGGCAAAUGGUUAUAUACAAAUCGGCUACCUGAUCGUACCGAAUGUCAGUCAUGACUGAGCGCAACCCAUCGGAUGAGCGUCAAAGAUAUCACUUGGACAAUGACCCAGGAGGGGCCUUGUAACGCACGCACGGAAGAUAUGGAUGAGGUCGGAUGUAGUUAGCCGGCUCCCAAAUUCAGAGCCCAAAUUCAAUGACAUUUCACAUGACAUUCAUGUAGAUAGAUAUACCAUAUAUUUGUAUGUUGCCAAUUAAUGGACCAAUAAAUUCACAAGCGCUUAAUACAAGCUCGGCA